AUUUCAAGCAGUUGCAAGUUUUUAGAUUAAAAGACUCAGAGUAAUGUUUCCCAAAAAUCUGUGGCUGUUUAAUUUCCUUUGUCUUGUUUCGUCUGUUUGUCAUGCCGGAGAUUGUAACGGAACAAAAGAAAGUGAAAAGAUCACGGAAACACAAUCCAGAUAUCUCCAUGUUGUGCCCGGUAGUCGGGUAGUUAUCACAUGGAAAUGGUGUGUUGCGAUAAAUAGCUCAAUUACAGGCGUAGUCAUUUACAGAGUAACUCGUGUUAACUCACGAGUAGUUACGAAUCAAGUGGUAUUGUCAAUGGAUCUGUUAAAGAAAAUAUAUUAUCUCAAAGACAAUUCAAGGCAUGAACUCUCCAGCAUAGUGAAUCAGACAAGUUUUCAAGAAAUAGCAGUUUUUAUUAUCCACAACGUAAGCAAAGUGGAUAGUGGUGAAUACAGUUUACAUGUUCGAAGACUGGGAUACAGUGAUCUACACAAUGAAAUCAAAAUAAUUGUAAUUACUGGCGACCCAACAAAUGGAAUUCCUUCCACUGCAUUCGGAAAACACACAACGAAAUUGGUGUCAACUAAUGAUAGAAAAGAAGAUCUUCAGUCCAGCGUGCGAAAGGAUAAAGCCAAAGGCAUUGGUAUCGUACCAAUGGUUAUAGUAAUAUUUGCAGUGCUCCUCGUCUGUUUAGCGGUACUGGCCGUGCUUCUAAAAUUGAGGAUGAGUGGAGGUCAAGCAUGCAGAGGCUGUUUUCGAUCAAAUGAGAGACGAUUUAACGGCGUAUCCGAUGAUCCAUCUUAUGCCACCCUUGUAAAAGCAGAGUUUUAAUUUUACCUCGCAUCUUAGCACGUAAAAAUAAACCGUAAAGAUUAAGGUAUAUGGGUAGCUGGUAACACGUCGCGUGGCUAUAUUAGAGCUAAAACUACGCCUGCAUGGGUCGUAUAACGUAAGUUUAUCAAUGAUACAGCCAACUUAACAAAUGCUGUCCGGUUUCAGUACAAAAACAAAGAUUUAUUGUAAAAAAAAUUGUAGUAUAUAUAAA